GGACAAGUUUAAUCUCCCCCACAAAUGUUUCAUACAUGUGAGAUAAACAGUGGUGCGUCAAACUAUUAUUUGCUCAAUACUAGUGGAUUAUUAUAUCUCACCCCCUAACUUUAUCAUAUGUGUAGCUUCUGACGCUAUUUGACACGUCGUCAGAAUGCCACUAUCAAAGAAACAUGAAGUUUGUAGUCCAUCCAUUUUUAAAUUCAUUGAUUUGGAAAACGGAUGAAAUGCAAACAUAUUAAAAAUUCACAAAUUUUCUAAUUAUUUAUUUAUUACCUAAUAAAAAGCCGUGUAAUUGUGUCACCUUAGAUUAAUAGAACAAUUCGAGAAUAAUUACUUUCUGGGUGAAAAAAUCUAUACGAAGGAGAAAAAAACAACAACAAUAGAACUAAACAUGGGUCUUCUCCCAUUAAUUGAUGCAUCCGAUGUAUUAGUCCUACACUGUCCAUUAUGUUAUUUCCACACACAUUGGUUAAAUCAUCUAGAAAUUCACUUCAAUCACGAACAUUCAAAUGAAAAUGUGGAUUUUAUGUUAUAUCAAUGCUCUAAGUGUCGAAAAAUUGCUUCAUGCAAAACAUUCCUCUAUGAACAUAUUGAUAUUUGUCAUAAAAGAUCCGGUAAGUCUAUCAUUCAAUCAUCUAGAACUCAAUCACCAAAUAAUACACAAUCGGAUCAUGAAAGUAUUAAUAUUCAACAGCAAAAUUCACAAGCUUCUGAACAAUAUAACAAUAACCAUAAUGCAUCAAUAGAUAUUAUUGAUCCUAAUGGGGUUAUUAAUAAUAACGGUGGUUUAACUACUAAUUCGAGUCAUGAUGAAGAACAAAUUACCAAGGAUAUUAACGGUGAUGAAAAUGAGACCACCAAUAAAAGUGAUGUUAGUAAUAAUAGUAAUAAUAAUACUAACAAGGGUGACACUGAUGAGUUUACUAAUCACAAUACUCCUAUAAUUAAUGAUAGUAAUGAAAAUAAUGAGAAAGAAGAACCAGUUCUUAAUGAUACUAAAAAUCAUCAAUCUCCAUAUAUUAAAAUUUUAUUUGUAGGCCAGUUAUGUGGUGAUAAUUCAGCAUUGUCACCAUCAACCCUAUCUACAACUGGUACAAUAUCAGCAAGUACCAUCAUCCCUACCGCUGCUCCAGCAACACCUUUACCAUCAACAUCUUUAUGUGAAACAUUCACAAAAUCAAAACAUAAUUCAUUACAUUACUCACAAAAAUUGCAUAAUUAUCAUUAUUUAAGUUCAAUUAAACAUCAAUGUUUAUUUUGUGAUUAUACUAGUUCGGAUUCUACUAAAUUAGCUGAACAUUAUGUACAGCAUGGAAUAAGACAGUUACAAUUACCAAAUACUAUGCAUAAAUUUAAAAAAUUACAUAGAAUUCAAACAAUAUCUGAUAAAAAUAAUAAUAAUAAUGAUAAUAUAUCAACGAAUCCUUUAACAGUUAUGGAUGAAUUGACUAAAUUUACAACAAAUGAACACGAUGGAUGUUGUCUACCAACUGCUUUACUAACACCUGUUAUAACAUCACCAAAUUCAUCAAAUAAGAAAUCAAUAAUCUUUGAAAAUUAUCCAUCCCAUGAUGAUAGUGAGAAUUUUGAAGAUGACGAAAAUGAAGAAAAAGAAAACGAGGAAAAAAAGAAUAUAUGUCUAGAAUCUUCAUGUUAUUCAUCUUUAUACUGUGCAUCUAGUCCUUCUCCACAACUUGAGAUUAAUCCUUCCACUUCAGUGAAUAUGACAAAAACAACAGCAACUACAUCCACUACUACUUGUAAGCAUGAAUACGAUAAUAAACCUCAUCGUGUAAUACGUCGAAGUCGUAAACGUCAUUCCAGUUGUGAAUUAUCACUGUUAACUGCAGAGCAUAAACGUUGUCAUUAUGAAGAUGAUUCAAUUGACAAAUGGAAUUAUUCCUAUCCAUAUGUCGAUCCAAAUUGUUCACCGUGUUAUAAAAAUCAUAUUAUGAAUAAUCAACAGGUUAUGGUAUCUUCUUCGUCAUUAUCUCAUUCUUCUUGUAUUCCUAUGCUAAACAGUAAUACUACUACUACUCUUACUGCAACUAGUAAUAGUAAGUCAGUAAAGUUAUCUAAUUUCUAUCGUGACUGUCAACAUCAACAGACACAUAAAUCUAUUAAUUCUGAAAUUGAUAAUGACUCUGGUUUGUCAUCCGGUACAACUACUACAGUUAAUGACAACCAACAAGUCUAUUCACCAUUGUCUAAUACACCGUUAUCAAUGAAUUUUCCACCUUAUCCAGCUUAUAUGAACCCAGUGUUUUUAUCGGCUUUAAUGGCUAGUGGUUGUUGGCCUUUUAAUUCAUUCCCUGGUAGUAGUAGUAGUAGUAGUAGUAUUAAUAGUAAUGGUAAUAAUAAUAAUGGUGGUAAUAAUAAUAAUAUCACCUCAAACCCAUUUGAUCCAUGGCAUGCAUCUAAUAUUACUUUAGAUUCACUACAACAAACAGCUUCUUUAUUUGGCAAUAAUCAACGAUUAUUGUCAAAUUCAAAUAAUUUCCCACCAGUUCUAUCUCCACCGUGUGAUGCAUCAUCAGUUCACUUAAGUAAAAGUCCAAGACAUUUAAUAGCAGAUGAAUCAGUGUCUAAUUUGCAAGAUUUUAAUCAAAUCAAUUGUCAAUUGAACAAAUUAUCAGGAUUCUCAUCAUUAACUAAUAGUUCAUGUUUAAAUAAUAACACUAAUCAUAAUAAUAUUUCAACAAGUCAAAAGAAUCUUUUCAAUUAUCCACCAUUUAUUCAACCAUCAAAUUUUAUAAAUGGAACUGCAACAAAUCCACUUCUAUUACAAUUAGCUAAUUGUCCAUCAUUAACAGAUAAUAAUCAAAAUAUAUUGGCUACAGCUUUAUCUGCUUGGUGUACACAACAAGCAGAAACUAUUGGUUUAUUUCCACAUCAUAAUUUAUCAGGAAAGAAUUUAUCAAUUCCACCAUUGUUUACUUCCAAUACAGAUAAUACUACUAAUAUUACUACUGAUAAUCAUGAUAACAAAAUUAUUAGUAUUGAUAAUGAACGUAUUUCGAACAGUCAUCGUAAUAAUAAUGAUGGGAAUAAUGGUAGUAUCAUAACAAAUUUAUUGAAUAAUGAGACAAAUGAAAGUCAAGAGAUAAAUGAUAACAAAUUAAACAUCACUUCAUCGAAUUCAACUAUUCCAUAUAACUCGAUUCAAACAGAUCCAGGCAUCUCAUCGACUUCUUCAUCAUCAUCAUGCGUUUCUUCAAUUUCAUCAGAUGAAAAUCAAUUGAAUUCAUCAGUGUUUAUAAAAACUUCUCCAAAGUUAAAUAAUACAAGUGAUACCCUUGGAUUAUGUUCACAUCCUUCUCUCCCUCUUGCUGCUUCUAUUCCACCAUCAACAGCUUGUUGUUCUUCCACAUCAUCAACAUCGGCUGCUGAAUCAUUAGCAAUAACUAAUUCUACAAUAAAUAGACCAUCAAGUGUUCAAUCAACAUUUAAUUCUAUCUUAAGCACUAAUUCUUUAAAUUCAAGUCAAUCUCAAUCAAUCACCAAUUAUCCAGCAACCGUAUCAACUGGAUCCACAUCUUCGUUAGCAGCAAUGAUGACAGCAGCGGCGGUAGCUGCAGCAAUGGCUGGUAUAUGCCGUCCUAAUUCAGACGUAUCCAGAUGUAUACCACCUCUGUCAACGUUUUCACAACCUUUAUCUACUUCAUCAUCAUUGUCAUUAGCUGGGUCAAUAUCACCAACAGCAGCUGCAGCUGUGGCAGCGGCGGCAACAGCACCAACGUCUGUAUUUCCAACAGGAAUUAAUCAAACUUCUCAAAAUGUAGAUUUGAUGAAUUUAUCAUCAAAAGAAUUCCAUGAUGAAUUACUCAAUCAUCAUGAUAUGAUGCUUAUGAAUGGCCAACAACAUUUGUAUAGGAAUGCAAUACAAUCAAAAUAUUUAAGACAAUCACAACAUCUACAUCAAUAUACACAUAGUACUAAUAGUAAUGAUAAUAAUAAUAGUAUAAUAGAUUAUGCAAACGAUGGAUCAAUCACAGAAAUGGAAGAUAUUGAUGAUGAAGUAAUUGAAGAGAAUGAAUUGCCAGGUGAUAAUGAAGAUGAUGAAGAAUUGACUGAAGAAAUGUUAUUACAUGAACGAAUCAUUCAUGGUAAUGAUAAUAAUAACAAUAAAGAAUGUAAUGGAUUAAUAGAUGAACGUUCAGAAAAUGAUUUAUCAUGUGGAACCAAUAAUAAUAAUAAUAAGUCGGUUGUUAAAUGUUCAACUGGGUUCAAUAAUGAAAUAAGCAGUACAAGAAGCUCAAAAAAUUUGCUAGAACCAAUGAAACAUGGCCAAUCACCAAACAAAGAGAUGAACACUGCUCAUCUACAUACAAAUAAUGAACUAAAGUUUUUAAAUAAAUCAUACAAUCAUAAUUUCAUUGGGAAUAUGAUGAAUGCCAACAAUAAUAGUAAUAAUUCGAAUAGAACCAAAGCAGGGAUUGGAAGUAAUAGUAGUAUUAGUAGUGGACGAGCUAGUCGAACGAAUUUAUCACCUAGUUCCACCAUGAAUCAUGAUCAAAAACGAAAUCAUCAUCAUUACCAUCGAAAUUUCACUGAAUCAUUGAUAAACAAUAAUAAUGCUGGAACUAAUAAUAGUAAUAAUAGUAAUAUGGGCGACUCAAAUUCAACAGAAUCUGAUGAAAAUUCAUCAAUAAAUUUGUCAGUCAAUAAUAAUGCAACUACUACAUUAAUGACCACGUCAUCAACACCAACGCCAACGACAACAGCGCCUUUAUCGUCGUCAUCAUCAUCCCCUAGUGGCGUUGGGUCAGGUGCAUUAUUUAGUAUUCGACGAGCUGUUGGGUUGUCUAGAACUAAUCUACCAUUUCCAGCACGGAAACGUCUAUUCGGUUGGUUAGUUGAUCAUUUGAGAGAACCAUAUCCUUCAGAAGAAGAAAAAAUGAUGCUUGCUAUGGAAACUGGAUUAUCACGUACAACAGUGAAUAAUUGGUUCAUUAAUGCUCGAAGACGUUAUGUUAAACCAUUAAUGCAAGGCCGACUUGUUCUCCAAUCAGGAGUUUUUAAAACAGUCACUAGUGAAAAUUGUAACACUACAGCAUCUGGUGGAGGCAGCGGAGGAGGUGCUGGUGGAGCAUCAUCAUCGUCAGCUUCUUCACCUCCAUCCCCAACAUCAAAUACUGGUACUAACAAUAAUCAAUACGUACCAACAAAUCCUUGUAUAACCACUAAAUCAAAUUAUACAAAUAGUCCAUUAAAUGAAAAAACUCAUCGAGAAAGAUCUACCUCACGAAGAAAUAAUUCACUAACUGGGAAUACUCAUGUUAAUAUUAGUAGUAAUAACAUGAAUAAUUCAUCUAACCUAUUACAAAUGUCAAAUUCAUUUAAUUCAUGUUCAGCUAAUGAUGCAACAAAUACAUCAUGUCAUUAUAAUAAUAAUUCAUUUAUUUCAAAUCCUUUUUUAAAUCAACCAAAUAAUUUAUCGAUCAGUAAGUCGUCAAACUCAUCAUCAGAUUCCACUGCAUCUAUUUCAGCAAUGGCAGUAGCUGCAGCCGCAGCGGCAGCUGUAUACGCUGGUGCAAAUAUAAAUUCAAACAGAGGAGAUGUAACAGGUGGAGGAAACAGAAUAGGAUGUUCAUCCACAUUGACAGGAUCAAUUUCACCAUCAUCAACAUCUGUAUUAUCAUCAAAUUCAUCAUUACUCUUCUCUACACAAUUCAAUAAUCUACUUAAUAAUGCAGCAAUGGCAGCCGGUGUAUCAGUAUCAGGAUCAAAUUCAAUGACAAACAUAAAUCGUUCUACACGUACAGGAUUAUCUAUUCAUUCUCUUCAACAACAACAACAUCAUCGACAAAAUCAACAACCAUCACAACAACAAAUUCAUUCAGAUAUUUUAUUAUCUAAUGAACAUUUAGUUGAUAGUAUAACAAAUUUAUCUAAAAAUUUAUUAUGUUCUUCAUCUAAUGAACAAGAACAUAUGAUUAGUGGUACUACUGGUGAUUGAAAAGGGUAAGAGAAAAAAAAGUGAAAUUGAUGAAAUAAUUAUAACAUUGUAAAUUACAUAAUUCAUACUAUUUAUAAGUCAUAUCAUUCAAAUACUACUUCUACUACUACUAAUAAUAAUGAAAGUAUGCAAUCUGAUAUGGAAGUUGGAUUCUUUUUCAUUCAUUAUCUAUAUUCAUUUCAUAAAUCUUAUUUUGAAAUGAGCACAAUUUGUAUUGAAUAGUAUAAAAUACUUAAGAAAAAGUAGAUAAAUGAAUCUUAUGGAUCCAUAUUUAUUGUACAUAAUUGAAGCUAUAAGAAGAUUGAUUGUGUAUACACAAUUUGUUUAUUUCUUUACUUUGUUUUUUCUAUACUCCCUUUCAUUUUGUUUCUUUGUUGUUGGCUUCAUAUUUUCAUGUGUAAGUGUAAGUUUCAAUUAGGCACUCUUAUAAUAUAUUCUUUGCUGUGUGUGUGUAUGUAUGUAUUUACGCCAAUCUAUGCUAUUUGUCAAUAUCUUUAACUGAUAUUACCUUCAUUUUAUAUUAAUGAUAAUAAUAUUACAUAAUAUUUGUAAUUUUUUCAACGAGUCAUUUUCCCAAAAAAAAAUUUUUUUCCUUUUCAUUCAAUUGAAGUGUAUGUUGCUAAGUUUUAUAACAAGAAGAAAAAGAAAACGAUACAUAAUCCUGUAUGUGUGUAAUGCUUUAAGAGAUCUAAAGGUGAUGACAUAUUUCUGUAUUUUAUUGUAAUUUCAUUUUGUUUUUACCGUGUGUGUGUGUGUUGCAUAUCUGAUAAAUUUAAAGAUGUGAGGAGAGAGAGGGAGAAGUAGUGAAAUUUGGAGAUCAAGUAAAAUUUAGUUAAAAAACAAUUGAGAACUAAUAUGUACACAAAAGAAAUGAUGAUAGUUAAAUAUAAUAAAAUGAUUACUUUUUGAUACUCCCACCUCCCUCUCCCUCUCGUUCUCUUGUUCCCUUAUAAAAAGAAAUCUUGUGAAUACUGUGGACAAUUUUAUUUGUGUAACUGUAAACCUUUAAAUAUUCUAUUCUAUUAUCUUAUUAUAUUCUCUUUUUAAAAAACAAACAAACUGGAAACAAUAAGAGAUCAUCAUAUUAGCAAUUUUAACAAUGUUAAUAUGUGCCUAAUUGAUAUACAUCCCUAUGAACAACGAGAAUUAUUCAAAGAGAAGUACAGAUGAAUAUACUACUGAUGAAAAUAUACACAUACACAUUCUAUAUUAUUUUACAGAAUAUUACAUUAAAUGAAAAACCAUACAUAAGGUAAAACAUAUUCAAAUAAACAAUAACUACACAUGAUGAUAUUAUAUAUAUCACUCAAGUAAUCUUAUGGUAAUUAUUACAUUAAAGAUUACUAUGACUAUUAAUAUAUUGGUUACAAAUGAAUUCUUUUUUUUGUAUUAGCGGCUAAUAAUGACAAUGAUGAUGAUAAUGACGAAGUUAAUAAUAACAAUAAUAACAAUAAUACAGACUUGUUCAUCUUCAUCUCUGUCCUAAACACUUGCCGUUUUUUUAAAAUUUUAUUUUGUUUCUUUUCUUUCUUGUUUGUUUGAUUGUUUUUCUCUCGUUUUUUUGUUUGUUGUUGAAGUGAAUACAUCUAUACAUAAGUAUAAAUAUUGUUUUCUUUAUUAAAUAUGUUUGAUUUUAUAAUGAAUAUCUUCUAUAAAUCAGAUUGCAGAUUAUUUACGUGUGGUAUUCAUCAAUAACUGAUGUUAAUUAGAGGUAUCAUUGAAAAUCAGGAAGCAAGGGGCACUUACUUUGUUUUUGUAUACAAUAAUAGAUUAGUGUAUACACAUGGUUCCAUCACUGAUUGAGUCAAGAACAUUUAAGUUUUACGCUUAACCAAUAGACUAUUGAGUCAUUAAAGUGAGGCAAAAACCCGAAAACAUAGAUUGUUUGCAAAAUUGUUUUUCUAAAAAUAGAACUUGAAAAUAUUGAAGUAACUCACAUUUUAAAAUGGAUGGGG